GAUCAUACAUUUUCAACAUGUCGUGACGCUCAGUAGUGAAAGUUGUCAGUUAUCGAACGGAGGUGCUGGGGAGGAAGUCGCGAUGCAAUGUCGUUGCCCAAUCGAGCCUAGUCUGUCUUCUACGUAGCACGAGCAUUUGCCUGCGGCCUUGACAAACACCAUCCUACGUCACCCACACGCUGAAUCACAGCUCAGAGCCACAACAAGCACCUUACCCUUCUCGUUAAAUAUCCACGUGCUUCCCGAUAAGCAGACCUCAACAACCUCUACCAACUCACAAUGGCGGACGCAUCCGCGCAACCGAAGCCGAGCAGCAGCGUCAAGCUGGUGCUGCUGGGAGAGGCAGCCGUUGGAAAGUCUUCACUCGUUAUGCGCUUCGUCAACAACGACUUCCAGGAGAACAAGGAGCCCACGAUAGGAGCCGCGUUCCUCACGCAGAAGUGCAACCUGCCAACGAGGACGAUCAAGUUCGAAAUCUGGGACACAGCAGGCCAGGAACGCUUCGCCUCGCUCGCGCCCAUGUACUACCGCAACGCCCAAGCCGCGCUCGUCGUCUACGACAUCACCAAGCCCUCCUCCCUCACCAAAGCCCAGCACUGGGUCGCCGAACUGCACCGCCAAGCGUCCCUCGGGAUCGUCAUCGCGCUAGUAGGAAAUAAGGCAGAUCUGGCUGUAUCAGGCGAAGACGAGGGCUCAGAGGAUGCAGAUGCAGCGCCCGCUGCCGAGGGCGAGGAGGAUCCAGAGGACGAGGGUGCAGAUGCCCGGAGAGUGCCUAUCAAGGCCGCCAAGGCGUAUGCGGACGAAGAAAGCCUGCUCUUCUUCGAGACCAGUGCAAAGACCGGGCAGAACGUCACAGAGGUCUUCACAGCAAUUGCAAAUGCUAUCCCAGAGACCAGCUUGAAGGGCCCCCGCGGAGUCGGCGGACAGACGAAUCUGGGCAGGCAAGAGGAGGCGCGCGUCAAUUUGGGAAGCGCCCGGACAGAGGGUCCCAAGGAGGGCUGUGCGUGCUGAGAUAUUGGACUGAAAUGAAUGCAGUAAUUAGUAUGGUUGAAUGGGUUCCUUUCUGAGCCGCUUUGCUCUUGGCGUUGACUAUGGAUAGUUGGUCUUUCUUAUGACAGCAAUAUUACAAUGAAGUUGCGUGUUGCACCGAAACUCGUCGUUCAUGCACUGGCUCUUCGGUCAAUCGAAAUACAAGGAACCAGAGUGCAGCGAAAUCAUGCAACCGCUUGAGGACUACAACUAAGUUUAGUGUAGCGAAUUUUGUUCAUGAAUUUAGAGCUAGUAUACGCCUUGUGUGCACUUAUAAACUUUCAAUCGUGUAGGUCUGCGG